AUGGAGGCGAAGAAUCGGGCGUUAUCAUCGCAGCUGGUUUCACACCAGACAUCUCAGCGGAGUGAAUCUAGUCAUGAGCAAGGCCAAGAUUCUCAAGCACCACCGCAGAGCCCCGACGCGGCUCCGUUCCCAUUCGACCGCAGUGAGGUCGCCGACGAGGUAUCAUUUCUCUCCCGACAGGCUGGUGGCGAUGGCCAGUAUCUGGGAGUUGCUAGUGGGGUUAUAUUUGCGGAUCUUGUUCAAGGAGUUGCUUCGUUGCAUCCACCCGUUCAGCAGGGACAGUCCGUCCACCGGACGUCUUUGCGAUCUGUUACGGCCCCACAGCCCACCUCCUCACUAUCGCUCGCACAGGAGACCUUACCACCGGAGAGAGUAGCUCGACAUUUACACGAAGCGUAUCUCAGUCAUGAUCAUCUCUGUUUUCCGUUCCUAAACCGCCACCUCGUACUCGCAAACCUUGACCGCAUUUACGCCGAUGGCUCUGUCCUGGAAAGAGAUGCUGGAAUGGCAUUCAUUUUCUACAUGAUACUUGCAAUAGCAAUGGCUAGUGCUCAUAAAUGCGAGUGGCAGUCUUUGCCUGAGAGCGAGAACUUCCAGGCUCGCGCCAUGGCUCGGGUGAACGAGGUCUUGCAGUGCACUGAUAUUAAAGCCCUCCAAGCGGUACUCCUUCUAUGUCAAUAUAGAAUGACCAGUUCGGCAGAGGAAACCUCGGCGAGCCUGUGGCAUAUGGUUGGAAUUGCUGCUCGAAUGUGUUUUGAAUUGGGACUGCACCGUAACCAGACUUACCGUGCCUCAACAAUGCCUCAUGCCACUAGCAACAACGAGUUUCUUACCGAGAGUGAGAUUCGUCGACGAUGCUUUUGGUCUGUUGUUGAUAUGGAUAGGGUUGUCAGUAUUACCUUGGGCCGGCCACUAGCUAUCCAUCUUGAAGAUGUAGAUACCACCCUUCCAGACCCGAAUCUUGACGAAUCGAAUGACAUAGAUGUGGAAAGACAUGAUGGAACCCCAUCCUCAACAGCAAUAUUCAAUCAUCUGACUCGAUAUCGGAUACUUAGCGGCAAAGUCAUGGUCUCACUUCAUAGCUCCCGUGGGCAGACUCAGGACGAGACAUCUACUGGAGCAACACGCUUGGCGUUGACUCAGGAGUUAGAGAAUUGGAGGAGCGAGACAGCAACUUUGUCUCUCAUCGCAGAUACCCAGAAAACGCGUCAAUCUAGUUAUCUGUCACCCGAGUGGUAUGAGCUGCUAUACUACAACACGCUGCUUAUGCUUUAUCGACCCUCACCGGCGCUAUCCAACAUCCCCACUCGCGCGCCUGUCGUACUUCAGCCUAUAUUCGACGCCUCGAAGGAAGCAAUCUCUCGGUAUGCAAUGUUGCAUACAUCCCAACGCAUAAACUAUACCUGGAUCACUCUGCAUGCAGUUUUCAUGGCCGGUCUGUCUUACAUUUAUGCCGUGAGCCGCCAUUUCCGCGCACGCCGUGCAACCACAGACGCCUCUAAUUCUGCCGCUACACUUGCAAUUGACCCAACGAUUCUUGAAGUGGUCAAUACUUGCCGGUCUUGCUCGAUUGUACUGGUAGCGGUAUCAGAGCGCUGGGCUACACCGCGUCAUUGUCAUAAAGUGUUUGACCGUCUCGGUGACGCUGUUCUUGCCGAUGUCAUUUCAUUUUUUACCAAGUCACAAUCGGCUGGUCCGCUAAUACCGGCUGUUCAGCAAAAUCUGGCAUCAGAUACACUGGCCACGUCCCACGCAGAGUCACAACUUUCUGUGUUUGACCCCAGCGUUCAUAUAGCCCCCAUGCAAGAUUCUUCUCCUUCCGUAAUAGGUGUUGAUUCAGUGCUUCGAGAUUGUUUUGAAGAUUUGCAGCAUUUCCAUGAUGCACACGGAGGGGAUGGGCCGAUUCAACAACUCUCUCAAGACUGGCUACAUGAAAUCGGA